AGGUGUCUGUGCUAUGGAGAAUCUGAAAACAAACCACAGGGAGAACGCUGAGAACCCUGAGAGCCAGGAAAUGGAACUGUUAACAUUUAUGGAUAUAGCCAUUGAUUUUACUGAAGAGGAGUGGGAGUGCCUUCAGCCUGCUCAGAAAAAUUUAUAUAGAGAUGUGAUGCUAGAGAACUAUAGAAACUUGGCCUUCCUGGAAAAAGGCCUAAAACAUAUGUUUCAWGAAGUGAUAAGUGCAAAAUAUACAAGUUGUGAUCUUGACUAUUUCCCACAAAAGAAAAUAUGGAAAACUACAAGUGAGAGUGAAUACCAGAAAUCAUAUAAAAAAUCAGGCCUUGUUCAUCACCAGAGAAUUUAUAUGGGAGAGAAGCCCUACAAAUAUAAAGAAUGUUGCAAAGCUUUUAGUAAAAAAAACCGUCUUAUUUACCACAGAGGAACCCACAAUGGAGAGAAGCCAUACAAAUGUAAAGAUUGUGCCAAAGCUUUUGGUCAAAAAUCAAACCUUAUUUGCCACAGAACAACUCACACUGGAGAGAAGCCAUACAAAUGUAAAGAUUGUGGCAAAGCUUUUGGUGAUAAAUCACACCUUAUUUACCACAGCAGAAAAUACACUGGAGAGAAGCACGACAAAUGUAAGGGAUGUGGAAAAGCUUUUGGUCGAAAAUCAAACCUUAUUUGCCACAUCAGAACUCACACUGGAGAGAAGCCCUACAAAGGUAAAGAGUGUGGCAAAACUUUUGGUCAAAAUUCAGACCUUAUUUACCACAGCAGAACUCACACUGGAGAAAAGUCCUACAAAUGUACAGAAUGUGGCAAAGCUUUUGGUAAAAAAUCAGUCCUUAUUUGCCACAUCAGAACUCACACUAGGGAGAAGCCCAACAAAUGUAAAGAUUGUGGCAAAGCUUUUGGUCAAAAAUCACACCUUAUUCACCACAGCAGAACUCACACUGGAGAGAAGCCCUACAAAUGUACAGAAUGUGGCAAAGCUUUCAGUAAAAAAUCAUACCUUACUUGCCACAGCAGAACUCACACUGGAGAGAAGCCUUACAAAUGUAAAGAUUGUGGCAAAGCUUUUGGUCAAAAAUCAGUCCUUAUUUGCCACAUCAGAACUCACACUGGGGAGAAGCCCAACAAAUGUAAAGAUUGUGGCAAAGCUUUUGGUCAAAAAUCAAACCUUAUUUGCCACAGCAGAACUCACACUGGAGAGAAGCCCUACAAAUGUAAAGAAUGUGGCAAAGCUUUCGGUAAAAAAUCACACCUUACUUGCCACAUCAGAACUCACACUGGAGAGAAGCCUUACAAAUGUACAGAAUGUGGCAAAGCUUUCAGUAAAAAAUCACACCUUACUUGCCACAUCAGAACUCACACUGGAGAGAAGCCUUACAAAUGUAAAGAAUGUGGCAAAGCUUUCAGUUUAAAAUCGCUCCUAAUUUGCCACAUCAGAACUCACACUGGAGAGAAGCCGUACAAAUGUAAAGAUUGUGGCAAAGCUUUUGGUCAAAAAUCAAACCUUAUUUGCCACAGAAGAACUCACACUGGAGAAAAGCCCUACAAAUGUAAAGAUUGUGGCAAAGCUUUUGGUCAAAAGUCACAACUUAUUUACCACAGCAGAACUCACACUGGAGAGAAGCCCUACAAAUGUAAAGAAUGUGGAAAAGCUUUUGGUCAAAAAUCAAACCUUAUUUGCCACAGCAGAACUCACACUGGAGAGAAGCCCUACAAAUGUACAGAAUGUGGAAAAGCUUUUGGUAAAAAAUCAGACCUUAUUAAGCACAGCAGAAUUCACAGUGGAGAGAAGCCCUACAAAUGUACAGAAUGUGGCAAAGCGUUUGGUCAAACAUCACACCUUAUUAAACACAGAAAAACUCACAGUGGAGUGAAGCCCUACAAAUGUACAGAAUGUGGCAAAGCUUUUGGUGACAAAUCAAACCUUACUCGCCACAGCAGAAUCCACUGUGGAUAG